UACAAACAGGAAUCCCAUUCUAAAACAUUUGAAGACACCACAGAUCAUGAUAGACACGCUCGCACACACUCACCCACCCCCACGACCCGUCCCAACCCCUGCACGACAAACGCCGCUGCCAGAUCACCUCUGACACCACGAACUGUGAGAGUUGGCAGGCCUGAAGGCCUGGGAAAGCCAGGGCAGUGUCGAGCCUCUGCACCCAGCAAUGCUAUGCCCAUUCUCAGCUGUAGCGGGGAGGAUCACUUGGGCAUGACUCUGUAUUGCUCCUGGUGCUGUCCCAGCUUCUGCAAGGACUAUCCGGACCUCCGGCUUGCAGGUGAUCGGUUGGAGCACUGCAGUCCUCAUAACCCAGACCUGCUCAACCCACCGGAUGACGGGCCACUGCUGCAAUCUCAGGACCUGAGCUCUCUGGAACCCUCUCUGGAACCAGGUCAACAGGUAGAGGCUGCGACCCAGCAGGAUGUGGAAUAUCUUGUCAUGGAGAGCGUUCAGGGUCUUGGCUGGGAGAGAAGGCUCACUAACUCCAUGUUGAACGGCUAUCUGGAAGUCCAAAUGCUGGAGGUGUUUUGUCAGCACAUGCAAAACAUGGCAUGCUACGGAUCAUCACUGCUGGGCACUGAUGUCAUGCCGGCACUGGUGCCCACCAGCCUGACUGUAGCCAAAGAACAGACAGCCAGUCAUGUAGAAGAGCUGGAUUCUUCAUCCAAAAACGUUGUGCAAUAUUUAAGCACUUAUUCAGCUCCAGCAACCUCCCAUUUCAGCUCACCUGUGCUGCGUAUCUCAGAAGCUGAGUAACCAACCAACAUUUUUUUCUGUUGGGCUCCUGUCUUUUG